UUUUCAAGUUCAUCUAGGAAGUGAGCUGUGUCUCUCCACCCAGAACAGUUAAGGCUGCUGAGAUCAUGGUGAGAAGUAACCAAACCACUACAGUCACAGAGUUUCUCUUCUCUGGAUUCCCCCAGUUGGAAGACGGUAGCCUCCUCUUCUUCAUCCCGCUGUUCAUUAUCUACAUAUUCAUUAUUAUUGGGAAUCUCAUUGUGUUUUUUGCAGUCAGGAUGGACCCCCGUCUCCACAAUCCCAUGUAUAAUUUCAUCAGCAUUUUUUCGUUUCUGGAGAUCUGGUACACCACCGCCACAAUUCCCAAAAUGCUCUCUAACCUCGUCAGUAAGCAGAGGACCAUCUCCAUGGUUGGCUGCCUCUUGCAGAUGUACUUCUUCCAUUCCCUGGGAAAUUCGGAGGGGAUUUUGCUGACCACCAUGGCUAUUGACAGGUAUGUUGCCAUCUGUAACCCUCUGCGCUACCCGACCAUCAUGACCCCUCGGCUCUGUGCUCAGCUGUCUGCAGGCUCCUGCAUCUUUGGCUUUCUUGUGUUGCUCCCAGAGAUUGCCUGGAUUUCCACUCUGCCCUUCUGUGGACCCAACCAAAUCCAUCAGAUAUUCUGUGACUUCGAACCUGUGCUGCGCUUGGCCUGUACAGACACGUCCAUGAUUCUGAUUGAGGAUGUGAUCCACGCGGUGGCUAUCAUCACUACCUUUCUAAUCAUUGCCCUGUCCUACCUAAGGAUUUUCACUGUGAUCCUGAGAAUUCCCUCUGCGGAGGGUAGGAAAAAGGCUUUUUCUACCUGUGCAGGCCAUCUCAUGGUCUUUCUGAUAUUCUUUGGCAGUGUAUCCCUUAUGUACUUGCGUUUUAAUGCCAUUUAUCCACCAGUUUUGGACACAGCCAUUGCACUGAUGUUCACAAUAUUUGCUCCAUUCUUCAAUCCCAUCAUUUAUAGUCUGAGAAACAAAGACAUGAAGAAUGCAAUUAAAAAACUGUUCUGUCUUCAGAAAGUGUUGAACACAUCAGGACGUUAG